UCGCUUUGCGGCCGGCACGGAAACUGCUGUCCUUUUGGCUUCCGCUCCAGGCCCAUGUGAGGGACCGGCUGCGGCGAUGAGCGCACUCCGGGCUGAGGAGAGCCUUUUGGCUUUAAGGCAACAGGAAGAACUAGAGGAUUUGCCGAAAGAAUACCCCUUGAGCACCAGUGAAGAUGAGGGAGACAGUGAUGGAGAAAGAAAGCAUCAGAAGCUUCUGGAAGCAAUCAGUUCCCUUGAUGGAAAGAAUAGGCGGAAAUUGGCUGAGAGAUCUGAGGCUAGUCUGAAGGUGUCAGAGUUCAAUGUCAGUUCUGAAGGAUCAGGAGAAAAGCUAGUCCUUUCCGAUCUGCUUGAGCCUGGUAAAACUUCAUCCUCGUUGGCCACAGUGAAAAAGCAGCUGAAUAGGGUCAAAUCAAAGAAGACUGUGGAGUUACCACUUAACAAAGAAGAGGUUGAGCGGAUCCACAGAGAAGUGGCAUUCAAUAAAACCUCACAAGCCCUCUCCAAAUGGGAUCCCAUUGUCCUGAAGAACCGGCAGGCGGAGCAGCUGGUUUUCCCCCUGAAGAAGGAGCAGUCAGCCUUUGCUCCCAUCGAACAUGUGCUCAGUGGCUGGAAGGCAAGAACUCCCAUGGAGCAAGAAAUUUUUAACCUCCUCCAUAAGAACAAGCAGCCAGUGACAGACCCUUUACUGACUCCCGUGGAAAAGGCCUCUCUCAGAGCCAUGAGCCUGGAAGAGGCUAAGAUGCGCCGAGCAGAGCUGCAGAGGGCCCGGGCCCUGCAGUCCUACUAUGAGGCCAGGGCUCGAAGAGAGAAGAAAAUCAAGAGCAAAAAGUAUCACAAGGUUCUGAAGAAAGGAAAGGCCAAGAAAGCCCUAAAAGAGUUUGAGAAGCUGCAGAAGGUCAGUCCUUCUGCAGCAUUGGAAGAGCUGGAAAAAAUUGAAAAGGCCAGAAUGAUGGAGCGAAUGAGCCUUAAGCACCAAAACAGUGGGAAAUGGGCAAAAUCAAAGGCAAUUAUGGCCAAAUAUGACCUGGAGGCUCGCCAGGCUCUGCAGGAACAAUUGGCCAGGAACAAAGAACUGACGCAGAAACUCCAGGCGGCCUCCAAGAGUGAGGAAGAGGAGGAAGGCGCAGAGGAAGAGGAUGAACUGCUUGUCCCUGAUGCGGUGAAUGAGGUGCGGAUGAAUGCAGACGGACCGAACCCCUGGAUGCUCAGGAACGGCCCCAGUGAAGCGGAAGAGGUCGACAUCCAGAAGGACCCUGAACAACCUCCAGAGCCUGUGGCCCACGAGGCUUCUGAAAGUGAGGGAGAAGAAAAUCCAGUGGCAGAGGAAGAAAUGUUGUUGAAAGAAUUGGAGGAAAGGCGAUCACUUAGAAAAAAGCCUGGGCUCAACCAGGAUGCCAAGCCGGUGGGCAGACGAGAAACAAAAGAUUCUAGCAGCCAGGAGGUGCUGUCCGAAUUGAGGGCACUUUCCCAGAAACUCAACAAGGAAAACCAUCGGUCCACGAAGCAAAAAAUGAGUUCAGCGAGAACAGUUCUGCCAGUCCAGAGAGAGGAAGCUGCUGACGAAGAAGAGGAGCCCAUGCUGCUGCAGAGGCCAGAGAGAGCACGGACUCUGGACGAGCUAGAGGAGCUGGGCAGAGAAGGAUGCUUUCAAGAUAAGGAGCAUCCCAGACCUGCAGUAAAUGGGCAGUGGUUGGAGAGGAAGCCAAACAAUCAGCCUAGUGCCCCCAAGGAGAAGCCCAAAAAGGAGCAAAUGAUUGAUCUACAGAACCUCCUAAGCACAAAAUCGCCUUCUGUGAAGUCUUUGGCCGUUCCCACGACAGUAGAGGAAUGGGAAGAUGAAGAGGAGAAAGAUCAAAGGCAAAUGAUAAAGGAAGCUUUUGCCGGGGAUGAUGUCAUCAGAGACUUCUUGAAAGAGAAGAGAGAGGCUGUGGAGGCGAGUAAGCCAAAGGACGUGGACCUGACUCUGCCUGGCUGGGGCGAGUGGGGCGGUGUGGGCCUCAUGCCCAGUGCCAAGAAGAGACGCCGGUUUCUUAUUAAAAUCCCUGAGGGUCCUCCAAGAAAAGACAAGAAUUUGCCAAAUGUGAUUAUCAAUGAGAAGCGAAACAUCCAUGCAGCAGCUCAUCAGGUCCGAGUGCUUCCGUAUCCAUUCACCCACCAUCAGCAGUUUGAAAGGACCAUCCAGACCCCUAUAGGAUCCACAUGGAACACCCAGAGGGCCUUCCAAAAGCUGACUACACCCAAGGUCGUCACCAAGCCAGGCCAUAUCAUUAAGCCUAUAAAAGCAGAGGAUGUGGGCUACCGCUCUUCCUCAAGGUCAGAUCUCUCUGUAGUACAGAGGAAUCCAAAACGGCUCUCCAUCCGUCACAAAAAACAGCUGAAGAAAAACUCUGUAGAUUGAGUUGCUGGAGAGUGACAUCUUACUGCCCAGAACUAGGAACCGACUUCUCGAUUUGCCCGGUUUUACUCCGAGCUACAAGAUCAACUCCAAAACGGGCUUAGCACACUGUGAGUGUAGUUAAGCCACAUUUUAAAAAUAAAGGCAUUUUUAUCUAUUUAA